CCUCCCUCCCAAAACACUCAGCUUGCCUCGGCCUGCUACGCGGUCUCCUCCCCACCGCAAAUCAGCCACUUGAUCCACCAUGGCCGUCGGCAAGAACAAGCGCCUCUCCAAGGGCAAAAAAGGCAUCAAGAAGAAGGUCGUCGACCCCUUCUCUCGCAAGGAUUGGUACGAUAUCAAGGCCCCGUCGAUCUUCGAGGUCAAGAACGUCGGCAAGACCCUUGUCAACAGGUCGCAAGGCCUCAAGAACGCCAAUGACUCGCUUAAGGGCCGUAUUAUUGAGCUCUCGCUCGGUGACCUGAACAAGGACGAGGAGCAGGCCUUCCGCAAAAUCAAGCUGCGCAUUGACGAAGUUCAGGGCAAGAACUGCCUCACCAACUUCCAUGGCAUGGACUUCACGUCUGACAAGCUCCGCUCUCUCGUCCGCAAAUGGCAGACACUCAUCGAGGCGCACGUCGACGUGAAGACCACCGACGGUUACAUCCUCCGGCUCUUCGCCAUCGGCUUCACGAAACGCCGGCCAACACAGGUCAAGAAGACUACCUAUGCUCAGUCAGCGCAGAUCCGGGAGAUUCGGAAGAAGAUGUUUGAGAUCAUGACUCGCGAAGCGUCCAGCUGCGACUUGAAGGAGUUGGUGCAGAAGUUCGUGCCGGAGGCGAUCGGCCGGGAGAUCGAGAAGGCGACCCGAAGCAUUUACCCCUUGCAGAACGUUUACAUCCGCAAGGCAAAGAUCAUCAAAGCACCCAAGUUCGACGUUUCGAAGCUGCUCGAGCUUCAUGGCGAGACGACGGAUGAGACCGGCACACGGAUCAUCAAGGACUUCAAGGAGCCGGAGAUCUUGGAGUCGGUGUAAACUCGAUGUGCAACCGGGCUCUCUGUAUCGCUACAUGCUGUCUACUGUCUUUUUCCUCUAUGCCCCAAGGGUAAUGCAUUAUGAGCAUCAUGACGGAUGUCGCGAGCAACUGAGAGGUCAUCACUGGAUACGCAACGAGAGCACUCCGUCGAUGUAUACCAUCCUGUGCCUCUUCCGGUGCUAAUAGUAAUAUACAGUGGAAG